UGGGCUUCCACCGCAACCCAUUCUUCACCCAAUGCAUCUCAUCGUCAUCCGUUUCCUGCAACUCAUAAACAUCUUCAUAUGUUCCCUGUAAUUCAUAAACAUCUUCACCCUAAUUGCAGAAAAAUUCCUGCGUACUAUUCAUAUGAAGGUUCCCUCACACCACAAUAGAAGAGCUGGAUUUCAAUAGGACUGUGUGAGGGAUGCAAGCCACCCUUUGAAUCAAACAUGGAUGGUGGUGAAGUUGACAAGCAUGGAAUGAUGCAAACUCACCAUGUUUCUUCAUAUGCAAUGGCUUUGAGUCUUUUGGUUGUUUCAAUAUCAUUCUACUUGAAGGAAUAUAUAUCACCAGAUUCUGAUUUAUAUGCGACAUUGAGCCUCGUAUCGGUGGCUGGAGUUGUGGUCAUGGUUAUUGCAUUCUCUCUGGGAUUAGGAGCAAUGCCAUGGAUUAUAAUGUCUGAGAUUCUUCCGAUUAACAUCAAAGGCCUAGCUGGAAGUUUUGCAACACUUGCCAAUUGGUUCUUUUCCUGGUUGGUUACAUUAACAGCAAAUUUGCUCUUGGAUUGGAGUUCGGGAGGAACCUUCACAAUAUAUACUGCAGUGUGUGUUUUCACAGCAGGAUUUGUUGCCAUUUGGGUCCCCGAGACAAAGGGAAAAACUCUUGAAGAAAUACAACAGUUUUUCAGAUGAAGUUUCCUUUCGAGUAGCACUUCAGCUAGUGUUCACUCAUGUAUUCACAUUCAUAUUUUUUUUUCUGAAUCAACUCAAUUCAUUUUUGUGCUCUUUGGUCUUGUUAAAUAUGAAAAAUACCAAAACAGUGUGAUUUUCUAAUCUAGCAGCAUACUUGCAUUUUUGUUGUAAUUGAUUGAUUAUAAACAAAUAAAUGAAA